CAGCCGCGGAGGAGGCGGCUGCAGGCGGGAGCGGCGGCGGCUGCACGGGCUCCGGGCCAACCCAGCGCGCAUCCCCGGCGCCCUGCGCUGCAGAGAGCUUGGAGGAGCGCGGGAGCCGCGACCCAGGAGUGGACAAAGCAAGAUGGCAGGGAUCUUAGCCUGGUUCUGGAAUGAACGGUUUUGGCUUCCGCACAAUGUCACCUGGGCAGACCUGAAGAACACGGAGGAAGCCACCUUCCCGCAGGCUGAGGACCUUUACCUCGCCUUCCCCUUGGCCUUCUGCAUCUUCAUGGUGCGGCUCAUCUUCGAGAGAUUCAUAGCCAAACCAUGUGCCAUAGCCCUCAACAUCCAGGCCAAUGGACCACAAAUUGCCCAGCCAAACGCCAUUCUGGAAAAGGUCUUCACGGCCAUAACAAAGCAUCCUGAUGAGAAGAGAUUAGAAGGACUCUCCAAGCAGCUGGACUGGGAUGUUCGGAGCAUUCAGCGCUGGUUUCGACAAAGACGCAACCAGGAGAAACCCAGCACCCUGACCAGGUUCUGUGAGAGCAUGUGGAGAUUUUCCUUUUACCUCUAUGUAUUUAGCUACGGAGUCCGGUUCUUGAAAAAGACCCCUUGGCUGUGGAAUACAAGACACUGCUGGUAUAACUACCCUUACCAGCCACUCACUGCUGACCUUCACUAUUAUUAUAUCCUGGAGCUGUCAUUUUAUUGGUCUUUAAUGGUUUCCCAGUUCACCGAUAUCAAAAGGAAGGACUUUGGCAUUAUGUUCCUGCACCACCUUGCAACAAUUUCCUUAAUAACUUUUUCAUAUGUCAACAACAUGGCCCGAGUAGGAACCCUGGUCCUCUGUCUUCACGACUCAGCCGAUGCUCUGCUAGAGGCUGCCAAAAUGGCAAAUUAUGCCAAAUUUCAGAAAAUGUGUGACCUCCUGUUUGUCAUGUUUGCCAUGGUCUUUAUCACCACACGGCUGGGCAUAUUUCCUCUCUGGGUGUUAAAUACCACAUUAUUUGAAAGUUGGGAGAUCGUUGGACCGUACCCUUCCUGGUGGGUUUUUAACCUGCUGCUGUUGCUACUACAAGGGCUGAACUGCUUCUGGUCUUACUUGAUUGUAAAAAUAGCUUGCAAAACUGUUUCAAAAGGCAAGGCUGGGAAGUGGAACCCUUUACAUGUAUCCAAGGACGACCGGAGCGACAUUGAAUCUAGCUCAGAUGAUGAGGACUCGGAGCCUCCAGGAAAGAAGACACAUACUUCGACAACUACCAAUGGAACCAGUGGUACCAACGGGUAUCUCCUAACCGGCCCCUGUUCCAUGGAUGCUUAAUUGCCCAAAACUAUAAGUCCUGAACAAAGUGAACUGUUUUGUUCCUGGAAGUAUUUAAUAAGUUGCAAAUGCAGUUCCUUUCAUGAUAAUCUCAUCACCAGAGACAAAAAUUAGGAUUCUCAAAGCAUUCUGAAUAGUGUACUGCCAUGUGUCCUGUCGGUGAACGAAGAAGAAAUCCCAUCCUUUCUAUGUAGGCAUGCUGUACGUAACUGACUCAAGGGAACAGUAUUUGCAUUUGUCUUAGGAUAUUAUUUAUUAUUUUUAUUUGUUUGUAAAUCUGUGGACAAGCGAGGACUCCUUCACUCCUUUUACUCUCUGGGCUCAUGAUUGGCAGGGAAGAGGAUGGUCCAUCUGUGUCUACCUUUUCUCAUGCUGUAGUCCAGCAGGAUAUGAGCAUCAACUUAGUGCAUCACUUACAGCAAGUAAAACCCCAUGCAAGAGCUUCAUACAGUUCCCAAUAGGUUGGCUUCCUUUCUGUUCUGUGCCCAUUUUAGAAUUGCCCAUAUAGCCUGUAACUAUCGUCCCCUGUGAGUCUAGACUGGAUGAACCAGGUGUUUUAGCUGUCACUCUUUGUAGUCAGUUAGCAGUUCAAGUGAGAGACGGUGGCUAUUGGGGGACUUUUGAACUUUAUAGGGAAGUUAAAAAGUUUGUCUCUUGUGCACAAACAUGAGAUUUCUUUACUGUGGUGGGGAGUUGGAAGUUGUCCUUGUUGAUGACAAAGUUAUUUGCCCUCUGGUGAGGCCAGUAUUCUGAUUCUGAAACCAUAUCACUUGCUUAAGCUCACAGAGACAAAGGGACCCACUUACUGGGGACUCGCUCUGUGUUCUGGGAAUCUCAUAAGGAUAGCCACUUGACUUCAACCAGGUCUUGCCAUGACUCCUACUGUACUAGCCUGCUCUUCUGUCCUGUUGUGUAAAAAGGGGGAGCCAAGAAUGUCCUGGGACAGAAAAAAAAAAAAAAAAGGUCUUAUAGGAGGUGGCAAAGACUUCCUUCCGUGCAAAGCACUUUACUGCACCCAGCUUUCGAAAGAAAGCCAUACCUAGUAUUAGACUUGUUUUUAUUUUUUGCAAAAUAAAUCCAAUGGAGACAGACUGUUUACCCUUUGCCUUUCUCCUUCAAUGCAUUUCACAAUGACUUUCUUGUUGCUAGAAGCAUUAGCCCCACGUUACAAAUCCAUUUUAUUUACUGCUC